CAUUAGCUUUAAAAUUCAGGUUCUAUUUACAUCAACCUGUCGGCAAUGGAUAUCACCAACAACAAUUCUUGUACAAAAUGAUAAAACAAAGUGUCAAGAAGCUGAUUAAUAGUAUAUUCUCAAACUGACUUCAGGUAGCUCGAUGCCUUGAUGCAUCGAAAAGUCUGCUACAACAUUUUUCUUCCUGCAGCAUAACCGAACCUGGGCCAAUUGCACAAAAAGAUCAAACACUGGAAUAAUGAGAAAACUAUCAUGAACGUUUCAAGGUGAUAACGUGGUGAUUCCUAGACACUUAAUGGUAGCAUCACUAAUCAAUCUCUGAGAAUGCCUUGUUGUACUGCUACGAUCUUUUGAGCCAUAGUCUUUUACUGAUUACUAUCCAGAUGAAGGCAUGAAAAACGAAGCCUGCUCCACCUUCUGAUAACUCCAAAAGCCAUCUUCUGAUUUCUAUAUUACUAAUACGAAAAGAAAGAGGAAAUUCCAAUUUUCAGUUUUGACAGGGAGACUUGGAGAACAAAUCCCCAGUCCUGACCGACAAACCCCAAAGUGGCAGAGUCCUAAUCCUUGACCAAUUUAACUAAAACCCGUAUAAAUUCCCAGGUUCCAAGGCCCCUUAUCCUCUGUAACUCGACUAAUAUUUAUCUCGCUCUUUCUUACUCUUCUCUGCCUCCUCUUUUGUCUUAUUUGUUCGGUGUUUGCAAAAGUUUUACUGAUAAUUUUCAAGUAGAAGAAGAUGAAGGUGAUAGCAGCAUACUUGUUGGCCGUGUUGGGAGGAAAUACCAACCCUUGUGCUGAUGAUUUGAAGCACAUUCUUGAUUCUGUUGAAGCUGGUGAUGCCAAGAUUGAGUUGCUUUUGUCCCAAGUCAAUGGAAAGGAUUUGGCAGAGCUUAUUGCUCCUGGAAGACAGAAACUGGCAGCUAUGCCUUGUUCUGGAGAAGCUGCCGCUGCUGCUGCUGCUGUUGGAGGCCAUGCUGCAGCCUCUGCUGCUUCUCCCUCUGCUGCUGCUGAGGACAAGGAGCAGAAAAUUGAAGAAGAAUCAGACGAAGACAUGUGCUUCAGUCUGUUUGAUUGAGGAUUUAAUUAGAAAGCCUGAGUUCAUUAGUUGUUUCGAAAUCAAACCAGUUAAUCAUGUAAAAAUUACAAUUCAUUAUUUAUUAUAAAUUAAUUUAAUAAUUUAAAUUCUUUUGGUUGAGAAUUA